AUGAGAUUCAAACGCGAGAAGUUUUCUGCAAUGCCUGAGACUGGAGGUUACGAGCAAAUGGAUGGAGAAGGUGGAGUGCAGGGAGGUGGAGGAAUGUACGGCGAUAAUGUUCCUGAUUCACCAAUGUCUUUUGAAGAAAUGGAACGACCGCCACUUCGACACAUCGACAAAUAUACAAAAGCAGAAUGUCCAUGUCUCCCUACACAACGAUACACAAUCGCACUAAUGGCAUGUCUAGGAUUCAUUAUCUCGUUUGGAAUGAGAUGCAAUAUGGGAAUGGCUAAGUUGCAGUUAGAACACAAAAACGGCCCUAACGAGAGUCAUCCGCAUAAUAUUACUUUAGGAGGUUCAGAAAUAAAAUUUAAAUGGAGUGUUGCAAUGGAGAGUGCAGUGGAUUCUUCAUUUUUCUGGGGAUAUCUUGUGACGCAAGUACCAGGUGGUUUCUUAGCGUCAGCUUAUCCCGCAAAUAGGAUUUUCGGUACAGCAAUUGCCUGUUCAGCCUUUCUCAAUUUAUUUCUGCCUGGAGCCUUCGAAGUUCCCGGUUGCAUUAUCGUCAUUCGAGUAUUGCAAGGACUUGUUGAGGGUGAGUUCCAUAAUGAAAGAAUUUGGCGUUUCUGGGCACCGCCUCUUGAGAGAUCUCGACUAGCGACAAUAGCUUUUAGCGGAUCAUAUGCGGGUAUCGUUAUUGGAAUGCCAAUGUCAGGAAUACUCACCAGUUGGAUAAGUUGGAAGGCAGCUUUCUAUUUCUAUGGUGUUAUGGGGAUAAUUUGGUAUUGUUUUUGGCUUUGGCUUUCAUUUGAGAAGCCACGAUAUCAUCCAGCAAUAAGUAUACAAGAACUGAAAUAUAUUGAAAAAUCUCUCGGUGAAUCUGUCAAAUUACAAAUGCCAACCAUCGCUACCACACCGUGGUAUGAGAUUUCAAGAUCAAUGCCAGUCUAUGCCAUUAUUGUCGCAAACUUCUGUCGAUCGUGGAAUUUUUACUUACUGGUUCUUUAUCAAAGCAAAUAUCUGAAACAUUCGUUCAAUUAUGAGAUUGCUGAAGCUGGAAUUCUCGGUGCACUGCCUCAUUUGUUGAUGACAAUCAUUGUUCCAUUAGGCGGAAUGUUGGCUGAUCAUUUACGCAAAAAUGGAAUUUUGUCGACAACACAUGUCCGUAAAUUGUUCAAUUGUGGUGGUUUUGGACUUGAAGGUCUGUUCUUCUUAUUCGUAGCACAUGCGACAACCGGGGCUGGAGCUGUCACAGCUUUAACAUUUGGUGUUGCAUUCAGUGGCUUCGCCAUUUCAGGCUACAAUGUGAAUCAUUUAGAUAUUGCACCGAGAUACGCUAGCAUUCUGAUGGGAAUGUCGAAUGGAAUCGGAACCAUAGCAGGCUUACUGUGUCCAAUUGCAAUUGAUUAUCUAACUAGUGAUCAGAAAGAUAGAAGUUGUUGGACGACGGUGUUUACCAUCGCCGCGUGUGUUCACCUUACAGGCAUAACAUUUUACGGUGUGUUUGCAUCGGGUGAGUUGCAACCAUGGGCUGAACCUACAAUGGAAGAACAAAAGGCUUGGGAUCCGACGGCUCCAGGCGCCAUUAAAGAAACUUCUUUCAAUGAUGCCGAUGCAAUGAACAUGCAAAUAAAUCAUACAAAACAAGUUUCGUAUGGCGCCACAGAACACGUCGCUGGUAAUCCUUUCAAUCAAAAUCCGACAAUUGCGCCAGCAUACAAUCAAGUUGUGAAUCCUAGCAAUCCAUUCGCUUUUCCAAGUACGAUACAGGAAGAACCAGUUCAACCCUACGCCACCGAUGCUUACAUGCACGGAACAGCAGAGGAUCGAAGCUUUAGAAGCGAAUAUUAAACUGAACAUUAGUUAGAACAUAAAAUUCAUAAUCAAUUGCUAGUUAUAUAAAAAGUUUCAAAGAUAUUUAUUGUGUUAUUGUGACACCAAAUGAAUUAUUGCUACGUUGAAAGUUUUGACAUAUAACAAAGAAUCAUAUUUCAUUCAUGAUAAAAAUAAAUAUAAAAAACAAAUACGUGUGUUCAAAGACAAAUGGUUACAUUAGUAAGAUAUGAGAUAUGUAGAAGAAAUUAUAAACUUUGAAACUUUUGUGAUGCAAACCUUACGACUUAAUUAUUUUACGCUUCACGAGAGUUAACUGCAAGUAAUGUCACAAAGCUAUAAUGAAAAAUAUGUGCCAACAUGAAACAAGAUAAAUUUUUCCAUGUGUCAUCAUUUGCAGUUAACUAACUUUAACAAUACUUAUUCAUGUUAAAAGUAGAAUUUUCUGUUAUUUAUAAAUUGUUUGAAUUUAAUUUAUGGAACUGGAAAAACCAGAAAGCAUUUCACUUGAAUAAUGAAUUAAUGUACAUAAUAAUUAUAAUUUUAAUUUAAAUCUAAUAUAAAUAAUCAAAAGAAUAAGAAGUCUAAGGAGGAUAUAUUUAUGCAUAUAAAGUUGCAACAUAAAUAAGCUUUUAGGUAACUAAAUAAUUAAGAAUAAGAAGAUGACUUAUAAAUGUUGUAGUUCGUUUUCUUUAAUUUAAAUAUUUCGUUCCGCUCUUUCCAAUCACCAUCAAAAUUAUAGAAAUUUUAUUAAAUUUGUAUAAAUCCCAUUAAACUUAUAAUUUAUAAUCGAAGAAUUAGAAAAAAAAGUUUGCCUCAGACAUGCAUUAUGCAAAUUUUAAUAUUCAUUUAUCUCAAUUUAUUCAAUUGCAUUUAUUAAAAAUUUUGAUUAGCAACUGAGAGUCGUUUGUGUUUAAAAUUUAAUAAUUAUUUAUAAAUCGCUGUAAAUUUCAA